CUUACCCAAAACCUUGCACUAAAAUCCCAUUUCAAUUAUACUUAACAAAGAAAAAAUUCCCAUUUUAACAAUGGCUAGGGAAAGUCAUAUCGUGGAGUCAAAAAUUGGUAUUAUAGGGGCUGGGGUUAGCGGGUUAGCAGCGCUUAAGCAGCUAGCUCACCAUAAUCCAAUCGUUUUUGAAGCGAAUGAUUGUAUUGGAGGUGUUUGGAAAACUUGCGUUUACCAUUCCACAAAACUUCAGUCUUCUCGUGCUGAUUAUGAAUUCUCUGAUCAUUUUUGGCCUAACAGAGAUGAUCCAGCUUUUCCUUCUCAUUCUGAGGUUGUGGAUUAUUUAAAAUCUUAUGUUGAUCGUUUUGACCUAUUGAAGCAUAUUAGGUUCAAUUCUAAGGUGGUGGAGCUCCGGUUUGUCGGUGACCUGGAACCAGCUGAUGGUAAUAAGUAUGGGGAGUAUGGCAGCCUCCUCCCUGGUCAGCCUGUAUGGGAGGUAGCGGUGCAAACCAAUCAAUCCGACACUAUUCAGUGGUAUGCGUUCGAGUUUCUUGUUAUUUGCAUAGGAAAAUAUGGAGAUAUAGCCAAGGUUCCAGAAUUUCCUUAUAAUAGAGGACCAGAAAUAUUCAAGGGAGAGGUAUUGCAUACGCUUGAUUACUGCAAACUGGACAAGGAAUCUGCCUCUCAACUUCUUAAGGGAAAGAAAGUCGUCGUCGUUGGCUUCAAAAAAUCUGCUAUUGAUUUAGCCUUGGAAUGUGUUGAGGCAAAUCAAGGUCCAGAUGGACAGCCCUGCACAAUGGUGGUAAGAAACUUACAUUGGACUGUUCCACAUUACUGGGUUUGGGGUUUGCCAUUUUUCUUAUUCUUUUCCACAAGAUCUUCGCAAUUUAUCCAUGAAAGGCCUAAUCAAGGCGUCCUCAAGGCCUUUCUCUGCCUACUUUUUUCUCCAGUGAGGCAUGCAGUUUCCAAGUUCAUAGAGUCCUAUCUGCUCUACAAACUGCCUCUGCAGAAAUAUGGAUUAAAACCAGAUCAUCCUUUCGUCGAAGAUUAUGCUUCGUGCCAGAUGGCUAUCAUGCCGGAAAAUUUCUUCCCAGAAGCUGACAAGGGCAACAUUCUGUUCAAAAGAACAUCAAAAUGGUGGUUCACUAGAGAAGGACUUGAAUUUGAUGAUAGCACUGAGUUGAAAGCUGAUGUUGUGAUUCUUGCUACUGGUUAUGAUGGAAAGAGAAAGCUCAAAAAUAUCUUACCAGAGCCUUUUUGUAGUUUGUUAGAGUAUCCUUCUGGUCUCAUACCCUUAUACAGAGGUACAAUCCAUCCAUUGAUUCCAAACAUGGCUUUUGUGGGUUACAUACAAAGUGUUUCAAAUCUUCACACAUCAGAGCUGCGCAGUAUGUGGCUAGCAAGACUGGUUGACAAUAAAUUUAAGCUCCCAACUGUAGAGAAAAUGCUUGAGCAAGUGUCAAAGGAGAUUGAAGUAAUGAAAAGAACGACUAGGUUUUACAAGAGGCACUGCAUCUCCACUUUCAGCAUCAACCAUAGUGAUGAUAUCUGCGAAGAAAUGGGAUGGAGUUCUUGGAGGAAGAAAAGCUCGCUGGCUGAAGCAUUUAGUCCAUAUGGCAGUCAAGACUAUGAGCAGAAAUAACGGUUUAUAACCAAAAAAAAAAAAAAAAAAACAGGAAAAAAAAAGGAAAAAAAAAAAAAUCAUCAAUAUCUAAUGCCAUUCUUUCUUUCUACACAUAAAUAAGGAAAGAGUUGAAGUUUAAGAAAAAUAAUGCGGUUAUCAUGCAUAGGAGUAUUUGAAAUCUGUCUCCAUAAAUUAUGUUGUUCAGUGUUUAUCCAAGAGAAAGGAUAAAACCUUUUAAUAAUGUGAUUUGCCAAGAAUAUUGUAAUAUGAAAAACUCAUGUUAUAUAUGAUAAAUAUUUUGAUUUUUCUCCUCAUAAUAUAUAAACAAAACACCUUAAUAACAAAUCGAACUCAAUUCCUUGUAAAUGUAUAAUACAGGGCCAUUGUUGAGCUACAAGAGAAUAUACUAACGGGGGAAAAUGGUAAGACAAAAGCAAUACAACAUAGAAGAAAA